UUAUAUUCAACAAUUUUUGAUCAGAUAAAUUCUGAAACCUUUGAGAACCUUUCGUUCUUUCAUCAUAUUAUGCUUAAUGGAAUGGGAGAAUGUGGAAAGUCUCUUUGAAUGGUAUAAAAAGAUCUUUUAUCUUUUUAUCUAUGACAUUGAAGAUGGGAGUAAUUUAAAAUUUCUAUUCUCUUCUGUGGAAGUAACCUUUAAAAAAUGGCUAGUUUAAUACCAAAAUUAUUAAAUAAUUUUAGCAGAUUAGCUUUACAAAAUAGCAAAAAACUAAAUACGCGAUCUGCACAAGUGGAGAAAUUAUCUAGCAUAUUGACCAAAUGUUAUGGGACGCAAGCAACACCGUACGAAAUUAUCGAUGAAGAAAAAGACAAUAAAAAAUCUGAUGAAAUAAUCCAAAAAGUACAGAGCCAAUUGACAGAGUCAAAAGAAGGGAGAUUGUUUGCAAUUGUACAUUUAGCUGGAAAACAGUUCCGGAUUACAGAAGGAGAUGUAGUGGUUGUAGAAGGCUACUGGCCACCAUCUUGUGGUGAGAGAAUUUCUUUGGACAAGGUGUUACUAGUUGGAGCUUCAGAUUUCACUUUAAUAGGUAGGCCAGUUGUUCAAAAUGGUUUAGUUAACAUUGAAGCAACAGUUAUAGAAAAAACGUUGUCUCACACAAAAACUCACUUUCGUAAAAAGAGGAGGAAACAGUAUAUGAGAAUUCAUUUUUAUAAGAUACCUCAAACUCAUUUAAGAAUCAAUAGGAUAAGUAUUGUAGGAGAGUUAAACAAUCCUCCAGAAGUUAGUGGAUUAGAGAAAGCAAUCUUCUAGUUUUAAAUUAAAUUUGUAACAUAAAAAAUAAAAAUACCUAGUUAAAUAUUU